CUCGUAGUGUUAUACCACGCACUUUGGUUCUUGGAGGUUUACAUACUCGAGGCGAGACGAUCUAGGCAGACAAAGUCGUGCCCUUCACCCUCAACCGCCGUGGAAACCCAUUCCGGAGUUGUUUCCGGCCGGAGAUCGGUAAGCUUCAAGAGGAUUUCCGUUAAAAUGGGUCUGGGCUUUGCGGUUGGCGUUUUUGGAGUUCUAAUCCUCGCUCAUGCCGCUUAUUCAACCAUCCAAUAUAGAGGGUUGUUAAAGAUUAUGGAGGAAGAGUUUUCAGGACCUCCCAUGAAUGUGGUAAUUGAACUGCUUUUAGGAUUCGCGGUCUGUAUGUGGGCGGCGCUUACCGUUCCCGGCAAUUUCCUCUCAAUACACCCUUAUGCUGACGAGAAUAGGAUAGUUUCUCUACCAGCCAACCUAGAUUUUAUGAUUUUCAACCAUCGUGGCAAAGCAUUUCCCCUUGAUUUGGAUUUGAAGCUGAAACAUUGAAGUCUGUGAAAUCAAGUAAGGGGUCUUCCUGGUGUCUUUCUGAGGGGAGCACCGCUUACCAUCAGUUUUAGCUUUGAAAAGAAAAAGCGUUACGUUUGCAAAUCAUCAUAGCUGCUUCGCCCCUUGUUUUAGUUGUUUUGGAUUUAGCUUUUUUCUCAUUACAGUGGUAUGUAGCUUUUAAACAAAAUAUUCGUGUCUUUGUCUCUUAACUUGGUCCAGUAGUUUUAUAAUGUCGGUGCAGUUUUGCUUGUUGUCAGAUCACCUAUGAGGAGCUAUAAGCCUGCUCGUGGAAUUUGCAUGUAGAACAAUGACAAUUAAAUGAUUUGAAUGUGACGAUGUUGCCAAGGUCUGUUUUUUAUUA